UACGAGUAGAAGUGUUUUUAUUAUGAUUCAUUGGCCAGAAUGCAGCUUCAAGAUUGACCAAGUAAUCUAAACGUACUUGAUGUGCUAUAUUGUUUCGAGAUUUUAAGUUAUUCUCACAUACUAUGAGAUAAAAUGUUAUUUUCCAUCGAGUGGUGGCGUUUCUACUGCGAAGCGCAGCAAAGGCAGAAAUUGUAGCAUGAAUCUAAGGAGUUUUGCAUGUGCUCAAGCUGAUUGCAAGUCAUCACAUCAGUUGUUUUGUUAUCAAUAUUUGCGGCAGUGUUUCUUAUCUUAUCGUGUCCAGAGAUUUGCUAUGGUGCUAGUGUCACAAAUCGUCUAUAUGCACCUAACUUUCCACAAAGUAGUUUCAUAGUUCAAUAAUAGAAGAGGCUUUGCUGGGAGCAGUUUGUUUUCAUUUGUAGUUCGAUAUAGGCGUUCAGGAUGUCAGCUGUUAUAAAUCGUGUGCUUUCCAUUCAGAGCCAUGUGGUACACGGUUACGUGGGAAAUAAAAGUGCUGUUUUUCCACUGCAGGUCCUCGGCUUCGAAGUUGAUAACAUCAAUUCUGUACAGUUCUCUAACCACACCGGGUACAAAGAGGGUUUCAAGGGUCAAAUCCUAAAUGAAAAUGAGCUUGCUGAUGUAUUUUCCGGACUAAUUGCCAAUAAUCUGCAUCCCCUUUACACCCACCUGCUCACUGGCUAUGUAGGGAAUCCAGCAUUUUUGCGUGAAAUUGCAAACAUCGUUAGAAAAUUACGUUCUACAAACUCGUCAUUAAUAUAUGUUUGCGAUCCAGUAAUGGGAGACGAUGGUGUCAUGUACGUUCCCAAAGAACUACUUCCAAUCUACAGAGAUGAAAUUGUACCGUUGGCCGACAUCGUGACUCCAAACCAGUUCGAAGUGGAAUUGUUAACGGAAAAUUCCAUAAAAUCUGAGCAAGACGCCUGGAGUGCUGUGGAAUGGUUUCAUGAAAAGGGCGUUAGAACCGUGGCCAUUUCUUCAUCGGAAUUGGGUGGAUCCGAUUCUUUAUUGGCAUUCGUUAGUCAUAAAAAUGCAACAUGCAAUACCCAACGGUAUCGAAUGGUCAUUCCAAAACAAGGCAACGGAAUUCGUUUCACCGGAACAGGUGAUUUGUUCGCGUCACUUUUCCUGGCACAUUCAACCCUAACGAAUUUCGACAUGUGUGCGACGCUAGAGCGAACUAUUGCUAGUCUACAAGCGGUCAUCAGCAAAACACUUUCCUUCCUACCAGAAGACGUGAAGACCGGUAAAGUAACCGUCACUUCAGCACAACGUGAGCUGAAGCUCAUUCAAAGCAAAAAAGAGAUUGAACAACCUAACGUUGUAUUACGUUGCUCGGAAGUUUGAAAAUAAUUGUGCAAUGAAAUUGUGAAGACAAUAAUAUAAUGUGUAGGCCAAUUGAUUAUUAUUUAGUCUUAUUGAAGUCACAAUAUAUCUCAAUAGUGAAAUACUGACGUCAAUAAAACGUUCAUAAACUAAAAUCCUAA